AAUCCAUUUUGCUCGGCUACUCCUUUCUCACCUUCUCGCACCCUUUACCCUCUACCAACAUCCACCGCUCAGGUUUCCUUAACAUAUCAAAAAAUUUCAGAAUCAAUAUGACAUACUUUGAGUGACUACUAACCUCCGAGACUUCGUAAAGCCAUAAUCUGCUUGGAACACCUUUUCUAUUUCUGCCUUCGUCGCUAGACGAUCCGUCCAUCUAUUUUAUUCACUUCAUUUGUUUUCCUUCCCCAUAAUACACCGCCCUCUUACUUUGUACGACACACAUUCCUCCCGCAAAGACGGUCAAUCCUAUCCAGUUAUUUCAUUACCCACUUCCUUCUCUACGAAACCUCGCCUGCCAGACACGUUAUUCAUCAUGAAAGUUUUAGAAGAAAAGGGCUACAAGGUCGAGCGUAUGCUCAAUAAGGGCUCCUACGGCACCGUUGUGCUUGCUCGUAAGCUGCAGAGCACAUGCGGCGAGAAGGUAGCCAUUAAGUGCAUAAAAAAACCUGCUCAUACUAUUUUGGAAGAAAUUGCCAUUUUACAAAUUCUUGCUGAGCAUCCACACCGAAACAUUAUCCGUUUUGAAGAAUCGUUUGAGGAUGAUGAGUACCACUAUAUUGUGUUGGAAUACUGUGCUUUGGGAGACUUGUACGAAUGCAUUUUGAACGAAGAAAUUCCCAGCACCCGCUUUCAGCCUGACAUUAAGCAGAACCUACUAUUACAGGUUCUAGAUGGCGUAAUACACUUACACUCACUUGGCAUUUUCCACCGUGACCUUAAACCCGAAAACUUUCUUUUGACCCUUUCCGAUGAUGGCCAGCUGGUCCUGAAAAUUACCGACUUUGGACUGGCUACCCGCGACAUUAACUCCUUUGAAUUCGGCACCGGUAGCGACCGCUACAUGGCGCCUGAACAGUAUGAAGAAGUCGACAGCGUGGGCUACAGUCCCCGAGCCGCUGACAUCUGGGCCAUUGGCAUCUGCGUGCUAAACCUGGUUUUUGCGCGAAACCCGUUCACUUAUCCGCACGAGAAGGACCCGAUUUUUGCCGAUUACGUUCUUGAUCCUAUGACAAUGUUUGACAUAUUUCCCACUCUUACACAGGACACUUUCAAUGUUCUCAAAGUGUCUCUUUGCGUGUAUCCGGAAAAGCGUUCUCUCGAAAAAGUUCGUGAGGCCAUUGCACAUGUGAAACACUGGACUACUGAUGACGAAGACCUUGAGGAGGAAGGUACUCAAUACUGUGAGACUGACGAGGAUGAGCUACGCUCAUCUGCAUUUUUUGAUCUUGCGGGCAAUGUUCGCUGCACCAGAUCGAGUCGGAAGCCGCUACGUACUCCUUCGAUCUUGUCACCUGCACUGACACACGCUCGACCUGCUGCAGCACCAUUCGCAGCACCUUUUGCAGAAUUGUAUCGGCUUGCUGCUGAAAAUGAGGAGUGUGAGCCUUCGCAAAACAGCUCUCCAAGAACACCUCUCACGCCUGCGCAAGCUCACCCAUCUGAGCGUUCAUACGAUUCUGGACUCGGUGAAAGCCUAAACAACAUGCAUAUUGGCAAAACCAUCGUCCCCGCCUUUGUUCCCGUCAACACUCCACGCACACCCUAUUCUGCUAGCGCUCCUAGCAUCGUGUUUCCCAACAGCAUCAAGGGAAACAAAGACCAUCUCAAGUUCGGACGCAGCUGGUGUGACCUUGACGAAGAGGAUGAAGAGGAUGAAGACGGCUUCGCCAGCAGCGAAGACUUUGAUGAUGACCUGCCUUCCAACUCCGGCUUUGUCGAUGAUUGGAAUGUGCUUUCCCAAUGGAACGACAAUGCAUAGUUUGUUUAUCUGCUUUUCAUUGUUGAUGUUAAUAAUAUAUUUAUGAAUGAGAAUGUUAUAACGCCCGUUUUUCUAUUUGAAGCCACCCGUGCCGUUGGACACUUGCCCUGGAGCGUGCUUAGCAGGCUAUUACAAGGAUAACGUGUGUACUACUACUAUGGGUGCCGAGUUUAAGAAAUAGAACGAUUAACGGGGUGUCUUACAGACUCAAUUGAUAAAUGUUUUAUUCAUCAAUUUAGAUCUCAAAUGUUCACUCUUUUUUUGUAUAGAUAUAGAUAGACUUUUUUCUUUUUCUUAUAGACACAUCUGUUCACUAAAGUUUGG